GAAAAAGAAAACACAAAACAAGACAAGCUACAGGCUACUCCGUACACUCGGCCGAGUGACGGAGGAGAGAGAGCUGCCUAGAAAAGAAAAGGAGGAAGUUAAAGCGAGAGAGCGACGACGCCGGUGGGCGGCACAUUCAAGCAUAAGGUCGAUCGGGUAUGAUCCAUGCUUCGCGGCAAUUGGGAGAGGAGAGAUUGGGGCUUUUCGUUUCUUCUUCUUCCAGGAUUCCUUUUCCCGUUUUCGGGUUCGUUGCCGCAGCCGCGCUGUAAAGUCAAAAAGCAAAUAAAAGGGCCGUUUCUCUCAAAUCAAUUUUAUUAUUAUUAUGGCUCUACUUUGUUCGUUAGUUGUUUUUCGUUCGGACGAGGUAUAAGAAUCGCGCGGGCUACUAUGGAUACAAUUCGCCGGGGCAUUCUCCAUAGGUCGAGGUUACGGAGUUUCCAUAUUUACUGACAGCCUAGCCGACUGCACUGCGGCCGCGGCGGCUGGCGGGUGUUUCGGGCGGGAGAGGGGUGGGGGACGGGCA